CCAGAAACGCCAAUAAAAGCAAAUCAAUCAUUCACAGUUAUCGUAAAGGUGACAAACUUGGAGACUGGAAAUUUCCUUGAUCCCAAUACCGAUUACUACAAAUUUUCUCAACAAUUGAAUAACGAUGGUGCCAUCAAAGGGCAUCUUCAGAUCACCAUUCAGAAACUGGAGAAUUUGGAUACACCUCCGGACCCCAGCAUAUUUGCCUUUUUUGAAGGGCUUAAUGAUAAAGCAGACAAAAGUGGUGUUCUUAAGCAAGAAGUUGAUAAGCUAAGUCCUGGACUUUAUAGAAUUUGCACUAUUUCUGCAUCGGCUUCCCAUGCUCCGGUGGUUAUGCCAGUAGCUAAGCGUGGUGCGCAGGAUGAUUGUGUUCGUUUCACAGUAAAAUAA